AUGGAUUCGGCUUAUUGGGACAUCUUCCCCGACGCGGGUGAGUCGGAAUCAAGCGAGGAAGAGGUGUCAACGGAUGAUGACGAUUCGUGUACGCCUGGCCUCGAGGUGCCCUGCAGAAGAUGUAAGCACAGGAAUCGGCUGUGUAAGCGGUGCACACGACGAAGACAACAGCUGUCGAAAGACCUGUCGAGGAGAUCAUCCCUCGAGCUCGCGUGUUUUCCGGAAACUGCCACCACGUCGGCAAACUUCACGGCGGCGGACGCCGAUGUUGCCGCUCCCGUCGUCCCCGAGGCAUACAAGAACGGCGUGCCCAUGUCGACAUCGCCGGUGUACGCAUCCAUGUACACUGCCUCGCCGUCGUGGAUGUCUACGUAUACUUCCUCUACGGGCGCAACAACACAUACAGGCACGCAUGAACGCUCCAGGAGAGAAGGCGACCUUUUAGACGUGACGGGGCGGAGGAGGCCGCACCCUCGACGGCCGAGGACUCAGAGGACCGGAGGCACUGCUGAACAGGCACGACGGGAUAGGAUGGAACUCGAGGGGUGGGAUGAGAGGGAUAUCGAUGGCGGGAGUUAUUGGGCUGUCGAUGGGGCGCGGUGGGAGGAGCAGCGGGUCUUGCAGCCGCCACCUACGCCACGACAUCGGGCCCAGCAGAAUGCUUGGAAGAGGAGAAGCAGGUUCGAGGAGAGGUGGAAAGGCCGGUACGCUUAUGUGCAGGCCAAAGAGGUGCCGAGGUCUCUUCCGCUGGUUGACCCUCCUCGUCCGCGCUAUACCUACGAUGUUCUUUCGUCCUCUUCGUCGAGACUGUGGACGAUGGCUUUCACAUCCGGGAAAGGGCACACGAGGGUUGUUUAUACGAUGACGUACGCCAGAGGGACGGGACAUGUGAGGGGCUUCUUGGGUCUGCUCGUUCCCAAAGGCGAUGCGGCGGGGGAUGUUCUCGGAUUUGGAUGGAUAUUGAGGGGUAUGACGGAAUGGGCCGUCUCACUUAUAGGACCUCGCAGAGUUGGUAUUGGCGAUUUGGAUCGGGUAGAUUAG